UGUGUCUUUAUAUUAUUUCUGUGGAUAACAGCAGUCAGGUUGGUAAACGGCAGUGACUCCUGUUCUGGACGAGUGGAGGUUCACUAUAAUGGAACAUGGGGAACAGUGUGUGAUGAUGACUGGGAUCUGACAGAUGCUGCAGUGGUGUGUAGAGAGAUGGACUGUGGGAAGGUGAUAGAAGCAAAGAGUGCUGCUUAUUUUGGACAAGGAUCAGGACAGAUAUGGAUGGAUGAUGUUCAGUGUUCUGGGAAUGAAUCUACACUAAAAAACUGUUCAUCAAAUGGAUGGGGAGUACACAACUGUAGUCAUCAAAAAGAUGCCGGAGUCAUCUGCCAAUCUGUCAGGUUGGUGAAUGGCAGUGACCCCUGUUCUGGACGAGUGGAGGUUCUCUAUAAUGGAAUAUGGGGAACAGUGUGUGAUGAUGACUGGGAUCUGUCAGAUGCUGCAGUGGUGUGUAGAGAGAUGGGAUGUGGGAAUGUGAUUGAGGCAAAGAGUGAUGCUUAUUUUGGACAAGGAUCAGGACAGAUAUGGAUGGAAGAUGUAAAUUGUGCUGGCACUGAGUCCUCACUAAAAACGUGUUGGACAAGUGGAUGGGGAAUACAUGACUGUGAGCAUUAUGAAGAUGCUGGAGUCAUCUGCAACUCUGUCAGGUUGGUGAAUGGCAGUCACUCCUGUUCUGGACGAGUGGAGGUUCUCUAUAAUGGAACAUGGGGAACAGUGUGUGAUGAUGACUGGGGUCUGUCAGAUGCUGCAGUGGUGUGUAGAGAGAUGGGCUGUGGGAAUGUGAUCGAGGCAAAGAGUGGAGCUUAUUUUGGACAAGGAUCAGGACAAAUAUGGAUGGAUGAUGUAAACUGUGCUGGGAAUGAGUCCACACUAAAGAACUGUAGGACACCUGGAUGUGGAAUACAUGACUGUGAACAUCAUAAAGAUGCUGGAGUCAUCUGCAACUCUGUCAGGUUGGUGAAUGGCGGUGACUCCUGUUCUGGACGAGUGGAGGUUCUCUAUAAUGGAAUAUGGGGAACAGUGUGUGAUGAUUACUGGGAUCUGUCAGAUGCUGCAGUGGUGUGUAGAGAGAUGGGCUGCGGGAAUGUGAUCGAGGCAAAGAGUGCUGCUUAUUUUGGACAAGGAUCAGGACAAAUAUGGAUGGAUGAUGUAAACUGUGCUUGGAAUGAGUCCUCACUAAAAACCUGUAGGACACCUGGAUGGGGAAUACAUGACUGUGGACAUUAUGAAGAUGCUGGAGUCAUCUGCAACUCUAUAAAGUUGGUGAAUGGCGGUGACUCCUGUUCUGGACGAGUGGAGGUUCUCUAUAAUGGAAUAUGGGGAACAGUGUGUGAUGAUGACUGGGAUCUGUCAGAUGCUGCAGUGGUGUGUAGAGAGAUGGGCUGUAGGAAUGUGAUAGAGGCAACGAGUUCUGCUUAUUUUGGACAAGGAUCAGGACAGAUAUGGAUGGAUGAUGUAAAUUGUGCUGGGAAUGAGUCCUCACUAAGGCACUGUAGGACAUCUGGAUGGGGAAUACAUGACUGUGGAUAUCAUAAAGAUGCUGGAGUCAUCUGCAACUGUGAGUCAAAAACAGCUGUCAGGUUGGUAAACGGCAGUGACUCCUGUUCUGGACGAGUGGAGGUUCUCUAUAAUGGAACAUGGGGAACAGUGUGUGAUGAUGGCUGGGAUCUGUCAGAUGCUGCAGUGGUGUGUAGAGAGAUGGGAUGUGGGAAUGUGAUCGAGGCAAAGAGUGUUGCUUAUUUUGGACAAGGAUCAGGACAGAUAUGGAUGGAUGAUGUUCAAUGUGCUGGGAAUGAAUCUACACUAAAAAACUGUUCAUCAAAUGGAUGGGGAGUACACAACUGUAGCCAUCAAAAAGAUGCUGGAGUCAUCUGCCAAUCUGUCAGGUUGGUGAAUGGCAGUGACUCCUGUUCUGGACGAGUGGAGGUUCUCUAUAAUGGAAUAUGGGGAACAGUGUGUGAUGAGUACUGGGAUCUGUCAGAUGCUGCAGUGGUGUGUAGAGAGAUGGGAUGUGGGAGUGUGAUCGAGGCAAAGAGUGAAGCUUAUUUUAGACAAGGAUCAGGACAGAUAUGGAUGGAUGAUGUAAAUUGUGCUGGCACUGAGUCCUCACUAAAAACGUGUAAGACAAGUGGAUGGGGAAGACAUGACUGUGAGCAUUAUGAAGUUGCUGGAGUCAUCUGCAACUCUGUCAGGUUGGUGAAUGGUAGCAACUUCUGUUCUGGACGAGUGGAGGUUCUCUAUAAUGGAACAUGGGGAACAGUGUGUGAUGAUUACUGGGAUCUGUCAGAUGCUGCAGUGGUGUGUAGAGAGAUGGGCUGUAGGAAUGUGAUAGAGGCAACGAGUUCUGCUUAUUUUGGACAAGGAUCAGGACAGAUAUGGAUGGAUGAUGUAAAUUGCACUGGCACUGAGUCCUCACUAAAGAACUGUAGGACACCUGGAUGGGGAAUACAUGACUGUGGACAUCAUAAAGAUGCUGGAGUCAUCUGCAACUCAUCAGCUUCUGUGGCAUUCAUGAGCUACAACACAAUGGAGAAUCUACUGAAGCCAAACUUAUUCAACACACCAAAUGACACGGAUAAAACCAUGAUGUCCACCGUGAUCUCAGCUACUCUUCCCAAAACCAACAACACUGAACUCACCAAACCAGUCAACUUCACCUUCAAACACAUCAGAGAGCUCGACCCCAAUGGUUCUCUGUCCUGUGUGUACUGGAAUGUCAGUGAGUGGGUUGUUGAUGGUUGUUCUGUUUUAAAGACCAACAGCAGCUUCACCGUGUGUUCCUGUGUCCAUCUGUCAACAUUUGCUCUAAUCAUGGAAACCCCAUCAAACCAGCUCUCAUCAGAGAGCGACUCACUGCUGGAGUGGUUGAAUUUGGUGUGUGUGAUCGUGGGGCUGGUGUUCUUCAGUUUGGCCCUGUUGUCCUUUGCCCUUUGUCAGUGGAGUCCUGGAGUGAAUAAUGUGGCUCGAAUCAACCUCUGCAUGAGUUUGCUGUUGGCUCACCUUCUGUUCCUGCUCACACAACGGUUCCUGAGCCUCAUACGCCCUCAGCAGGUGUUGUGUGCCGUGAUAUCAGGCAUUGUGCACUUCUUCUUUCUCUCCGGCUUUGUGUGGAUGUUCAUUGAAGCAGUGCUGCUCUACAUCUGUGUGAAGAACCUAUCACGGAUCAGCUCCGAAAAAAGGGAGGUGCUUAGCAGUGGAUUCCUGUGUGCGAUUGGAUAUGCGGUUGCUCUGGUUGUGGUGGGCGUGUCUGUCUGGCUGGUUCCUGAUGGCUACGGCAGCGAACACUGCUGGAUUAAAAGGGAUAAAGGUUUUAUCUGGAGUUUUCUGGGUCCUGUUACUGUUAUACUUGCAUUGAACAUGAUUCUCUUCAUCAGCAUCAUCAUCAAUCUGAGCUCAACUCUCAAAAAUCUGAAUGCUGAAAUUUCACAGAUGAAACAAACCAAGAUUAUGGUGUUUAAAACACUGGCUCAGUUUGUGGUUCUUGGUUGCUCCUGGAUUCUUGGUUUAUUCACUAAUGGCAGUAAGGUGCUGGAGAUCCUCUUCCUGAUCUUAAACUCCCAGCAGGGAACCUUCAUCUUCCUGAUCUAUUGUGUCCUCAAUAAUGAGGUCAGGCAGCAGUACAGAAACUGCUUCAGAUGUCUUUGCUGUGGACUCCAACAACACUGAGGACUACAGCAUCAUUUUGCAAAAUAAACAAUCCUAAAUAUUUGCAGCUCAUACUGUUUACUGCUAAAUAUCUAUUUAAAUGUGGAUUGAUGUGUGAUUUUAUAUCCUAACUUGUAAAAUACUACAUGUUUAACUAAAAGUAAAUUUGACAAGACCAUUAUUUUUAUAAUAGGUUAUUUUAUAGUCUAAAUGAUUGAUUUAUUCUGAAAUAAGAAUGUCUCUUGAUGAUUUUGUCUAAUGUGUUCAUUGACAUCUCUGCUCAUCUACUUUUAAUUUGUGAAUUGUAUUAUGUUUGCUAUGUGUUAA